AUCUGAGAGAAUUGUCCUUUUUCUUACGAUCAUUUAGUGGGUGGUAGUUGAUUUUGAGUUUGAAAUGUUUUUUUUUUGUUUGAAAUGUAAUACUAUUGGGUUUUGCUUUUGUCUUCCAGGUUUCAAAACAGAAAUCGUAUAAAAUGUCAGAAGAACAUGUGUUGUCAUUUCCAAAGAAAAGUACAAAAAAAAACAAAUCAAGAAUGUAAUUAACAAUUAAUUUUUUUAAAAAAAACUAGGAAACUACAAUAACAGUAUACAGGGUAGUUGCAUUUCAAUUUAAAACUCCAUGCAAAUAGUCUGACUCCAAACAUAACUCUCCUUUCUAUUUCUGGCUAGUGUCUUCAAUGUCACACAAGUAAUCAAGUAAUUAAUAUCCCUUUAAAAAUAACAAAAUCAAUUCACAAUUUUCUUGGAGAAGAGCUUCAAGAAGUAGAUUUGAACACACACUACAAGCAGAGCCCAAAAGAGCGAGAAAUGAUGGGCUUCUUGAGGAUGGUAACUCCACCGGCGUCGCCGCCGGCGAAAAGAUCCCGACGUCAACGUCGGGUAAGGGCAAACGGAGAUGGGUUUCCGGUGUUUCUUCCUAAAGAGGUAAAGGACAUAAAAGAUCCAUUCGCAAGAGCUCUGGCUCAAAGGAUUGUACGGAUUCCUGUUCCUCUUCAGAUGGGAAACUUCAAAGGCUGCGUAAUGAGCAGCUGUAUCAAACCAAUUGUUCAACAACACGACAAAAGUCCCGUUGUUCUUCUCCAUUGUUUCGACAGUUCAUGUCUUGAAUGGAGACGUACUUAUCCUCUGCUUGAACAAGCUUCUCUUGAGACUUGGGCUAUUGAUGUUCUUGGUUGGGGUUUCUCCGAUCUUGGAAAACUUCCACCAUGUGAUGCAGCAUCCAAGCGGCAUCAUCUAUUCGAGCUUUGGAAAACAUAUAUCAAACGACCAAUGAUUUUAGUUGGACCAAGCUUAGGAGCAACCGUAGCUGUUGAUUUCACUGCUACCUACCCUGAAGCAGUUGAUAAAUUGGUUCUCAUUAAUGCCAAUGCGUACUCGGAAGGAACCGGUGCGCUGAAAGACUUACCAAAGUCAAUUGCUUACGCUGGGGUUUGUUUGAAAACUCUUGCAGCAUUUCCUUUGGUUAAGUUGCUGAAGUCAUUCCCUCUUCGCCUUUUGGCGAACGUGUUAGCCUUUUCAUCGCCCUUGUCAGAGAACAUAGAUUGGACUAACAUUGGCCGGUUGCAUUGUCAAAUGCCGUGGUGGGAAGAUGCAAUGGUCGAUUUUAUGAUUAGCGGUGGCUAUAACGUUGCUUCACAUAUCAAACACAUCAACCAGAAGACGCUCGUCGUAUGCAGUGAGAACGAUCAGAUUGUUAGCAACCAACUUUCAGUUAAACUGUUGUGUGAGCUACAAAAUGCGGUUUUCCGGGAAGUACCAGAUUCCGGUCAUCUUCCACAUGUUGAGAACCCUAAACAGUUUGUGAAGCUGAUAUCAGAUUUCGCCAGUGGAAAGAUCAACUGAUUCUAUUUACUGUUACGAUCUGCUUUAAGCUCGUCGAGUGUGGCUACACAGAGCAAGGAGUUGUAACGUUAUUUAUUAUGAAAUUUAAUACAAAUAUUAGUCUAGAUUGGGCUUGGGAUGGCUCAUGGCUAUAGAAACAUCUGUGUUACUUUGUUACUUUCGUAAGGUCUUGAACAGAGUAUUAGUUUUUUUCAAGUUGUAGGAGGACAUCGAAAACUUUAAAGCCCAAGAGCAUGAUUAACGGGGGUUCUUAGGAGUGGGAUUCUUAGUGUAAUUUAAGAACCUUAUUUAAGAACCACCGGUUCUUAACCUUUUUUUUUGUUAAAGUUAAGAACCGGUUCUUAAAUUACGCUACGAACCCCACUCCUAAAAACUUCCAUUAAUCAUGGUCUAAUAAGCUGUUUUAAACUCCAUGUUGUUUUAAAGCGUAGAGUAUUAUUUUUGUUUACACAUGACAUUGGAAAGUUAAAAGUGUCAUGUAUUACGAUCGAACCAUAUUUUUAACCCGACCCAUAUACUAAACCGGACUACUUAUUGGAUCACCUAGUUAUUAGAUCGACUACAAACAAACUAUGUAUUGAUAAUUAAUUUAUAAUGAUAUAUAUUAACUAUUGAAAAUACAAGAAAAUAUUCACAUUUCAUAAUAUAAAAUAAAAUAUUUAAUUUUUAUUUUAUCUUCUCUUUAUACAAAAUACUAGAAAUAACAAUUUACUUAAUUUAAUUUUUAAAUUUUGUAACAGCUAUAAGUUACAACAUGUAAUAAAAGUAUAAAAAUUAAGAAGUAACUAAUAUUUAAUACUAGGGGGUUGUCCGCACUUGGCGCGGAAUAUUGUUUUAUCGUUCUUAAAUAUGAUUUUCUGAUGAUGUGAUUGGUCAGUAUUUAUUCGUGAACAGCACUACUUGAUGUUUUAUUAUGUUAUGUAGUAGUAGGUAAUAAGUUAAUAUAUUAUGUGUUUCUCUUUUUAAUAAUGUGUUGUUGUAUGUAUAAUAGUACUUGUUAGUGGUGAAGUGAGUUCUUGAUGUAAAACAUAUUGAAUUUUAAUAUCUUUGUCUUUAGGCAUUUGUUGAUUCUAAGAUUAACGGCGUCAAAAUUAUAUUUUAAUUUUUCACAUUUUUGAACAUUACUCUUUUAGGGUGUGUUUUGCACUCUCCCAUAUCUUUUGACCGUGAGCCAUCACCAUCUAUGUAUUUCGUUUACCUCUCUGGUGUGCAGUGCUUCUCACCAUCACUGGAAAAAGACACACUUUCGUGCUUUUGUUUUUCCUCACCAUCUUUUUCUGUGAGAUUAUCUGGUAUUUGUUAUAGACCAGACAUAUUAGUUCCAUGUUGUGCAGUUGUUUCUUACGGAGUUGUAUGUUAUUUCAGUCAAUAUUGGUCCUCUUUUUCCUUAGAUUUGUUUUCCUCGUCGCUGGUUUGCCGUCAAUAGUCUCUGCCCGUCUAGGUGUUCAAGAUCGGUUAUUUAGUGAUCUGACUUCGAUGAUCUUUUUCAUAACUUGAGGAUGGCUCCACCGUUUAUUGAUUGCAUUUUGUCUCUUUAUAUCUCUUUAUUCUCUCAUCUCGUUGAACCUUUCAUCACUGAUCACGUCUCUUGUGGCUCUCCCUUUCGCCAUAUUUACUACUCCAGGUUUGGUUUCGGUGGUUGGCUUCCAUUCUCCCCCACUCAGGUUGUUUAUUUUCUUCUCAUGCAUUCCUUGGUGUAGGUGUGCAAAGUUAGUCUUUUGGAGCUUUGGUUUCUUCUAAUAAGAGUUUUGUGGUUAUUCGCUGACAUGAGCGCCUUGUAUGUGCUUGUUUAGUUUGUGAGGUGCUUCUUAUCUCUUAGCUGGUGGUUGGGUUUUCGGUGCUUUAGACAUGCAUCUUUUUGUUUCGUGGUGACUUUCUUGUUCCGAUGAUUAUUCUUUCUUUGACUCGCUUUUUUUGGUUUUGGCGCUGGUACUUGAUCAGGAUCAUUUGUGUUCUGAGAAUUGCUUUAUCUCAUAUUUUAUCUUUUUACAUUUUUUUGAAAUCUGCUAGUUCUAGCCAAUACAUUAUAUGGUAAGAUGAGAUAGGUUAGUCUUCUGUGUUGGUUUUUUUUCAGCUCCAAACUUUUAUUGAGUUAGUGUUACUAUGGUAUUUAACUUUUUCUCUCUGACUGUGAAAGUUUUAUGUUUAGAUUAAUUUCUUCUUAUUAGUUAGGUCAUUUUAUAUUUUUAAUAUUUAAAUAAAUAUAUAAUUUGUAAAUUAAAUAUAUAAUUUGUAAAUUAAAUAUAUAAUUUGUAAAUUAAAUAUAUAAUUUGUACAUUAAAUAUAUAAUUUGUAAAUUAAAUAAUAGAAAAUGGUAAAAAAAUAAUAAAAUAACAAAAAUUCAUGUUAUGUUUAGUUGUGAAUAAAUUAAAUAUGUAAAAAAUAUUUCUAUUAUUUUAUUUAUUUUUUUAUUCAUCUUGAAUUUUAGUGAACAAUAAAAUAAAUUAUCAAAUUUCAUACGAUAAUAGUUAGUGCGAAAAGGAUUAGAUAGUUCACGAUUAAAAAGUACUUGGCCAAAUUGCAAUAAUCCAAAAGAAGAAUGACCUAAAAUGUAAAAAAAAAUACUUGGAUGACACGUGUCGCAAAAGCCCCCUGCCACUUGUCAGAAGAAGGGAAAAAUCUAACUUUAUAUAUAUAGAUAACUAAUCAAAUUAAUUUUUAAAUUCAAAAUAAACCAAAAGCAAAGAAUUAGAUAGUCAAUAAAAAGGUGAACUACAUAAAUAAAUAAAAAAGAAUAAUUUUAGUCAUAUUUCUUGCAAACGUAAGUUGUACCCGAGAUCAUCUAUCGUUGAUGCUCAAUUAUCUUUCUCUUUUCAUUAUGGAUCCUCUUAAAUAUUGAACAAUUGCGCUCACAACCAAAUGAAAAAGUAGUCUAACUAAGAAUUCAUAUAGCUAACUUUUGAAAAGUUUGAACAUCACAUUUAAAAUAUCUUCACAAUUCAUCAAACCAUUCAAAAAUAUAUAUUAAAAUACUCUAAAAAUAACAAUUUAAGUCAAACCAAGUUACAUAUCAGGUCAUACAUCGGUUCAACCGGUAGCCAGGUUUUUGAUUUUAGCGGUUUGUCGGGUUUUAAAUAACAUAUUUUUCUUACACCCAAACCGGAUCACCAAAUUUUUCUUGGCUGUGGGUCUAGAUCCGAUUUUAAAAUAUUACCCAAAAUUAACAAAGGUUGAAACUGGAAACUGAUUCAUGUAUCACUGCAAAAAAAAUUUCUUCACUUUCAUUGAAAACUAUGUUAUAUUUGGAAAAGUUUUUUGGAUAUAUUUUGUAUUACAAGAUUCAAAGUAUUUUCCUCUUAGGCAAUUGCAUGCGACAAUAAUGGCAAUUUCCAAGGAGAUCUUAGUCAAGUUGCCCUAGUGAGGGAUUUGUUUCUCGUGAUCAAUUAGAGUUUUGUUCUCUAUUAGAUUAUGAGAUUAAGGUGGUGAUACAGAAGAAUAUGUGAAGUAAUUGAGAUCUGGGUUGAUAUUUUGUGGUUGCUCAUGUAGUGAUGAUCUUAGCUUUUAUUGAUUUUAUUUGUAAUAAGUGUUUCAGAGUAGUUCGGAGGUCUUAGUUGGCGUUAUUGUUUGGUGUGUUAGGUGGUUUGGGUUAGAAUAUAAGACUUGUGGUUUGUAGAAAUCUAUGUAGUAGUGUUUGGAGUUGUAGUGUGAAGAAGGUUUGAGUAGAUUUUAUCCUCAAACAAGUUUUGUUCUCUCAAGAUGUUUUCUGCUAUGGACAAAGCUCUUAUGACUUUGUACCUUGAGGAAAGGAUGAACCGUUUGUUAUGCCGGAUUUGGUUGAGUUCUGCUCGAGUGAUAAGAAUGAUUAGGUUUAUUUGGAAAACUUCUUAAUCUGGAUUUACAAAAGAUGUCAAGCCUAAUUCAUGACAUGCCUCGAAAAUGGAAGAAGGAAGGAAACAUUAGAGGAGUAGCUCUUUCUAGGAAAAUAUUUCAGUUUAUUUUUCAGAAAGAACAUGAUCUUCUUGAUGUUUUAGAAAAAUGAGUUCAUUCCUAUAAUGAAUGGACUCUAGCUAUUGAGCAUUUUUCUGAGGUUCCACCUGCGAAUUCUGUGCAAUUCAUUCCUAUUUGGGUUCAGAUUGAAACAUAACAAUCAACUAUUACACAAAAGCUAUCAUGCGCAUGUUGACAUAGUUGGACAGGUUAUUGAAGUAGCUUACGACUCGUCCAAAGCUCAUGGGUCAAAGUGAAGUUUGAUGUGCAUAAACCUCUCAGGAAGGAAAAUGUUGUUCUCUUACCAAAAGGAGGUUCAACUACUAUUUAUUUCCCCUAUGAAAGAAUACAGAAGAGAUGUUAUUUGUGCAGAGACUCACUCAUGAGCAUGCUGUUUGCCCGAUUUUGGUCAUGAAAAAACAAAAUCAAGGUUUGGCAAAAAUAGCAAAUCUGUCUAAGUUAAAACCACUUGUUGAGCCUAUCAUCAAGGAAUCAGAUCCUCUUUUUGGUGUGCUGAAGCAAACCAGGUUGAUCUCAACUCAAUAACAGGUCAUCCUACAGUUUUCAUGGAAUUCUUGAAAGGUAUUUAUCAUUAUUUGUUAGCUUUUACUGGAGAUGAUAGGAAAAGUCAAGAAGAAAUGGUUAUAAAAUCUGUGGGAGAAGCUGGAAAAGAUGUGUUUCUUCAAAUUUAUGCUUUUAGCUUAGAACAUAUCCCUUUUGUUACAAAGGAUCUAAACAAGAUUAAGGCUUAGUGUUUGAUUAUGAAUCUGAUGCAUCGUUGAAGUUCUAUGAUGGAACAUUUUUUCUUCUCCAAAGUUGAUAAUUGCUGCUAUAGGAUCCAGAGAAAGACUUGCAUUGAUUCUAGUGAAUAAUAAUAUUGGACUCUCAAUUUGGUUGCUUCCUCUAAUUAUGAUGUUUAUUUCUCUUCUAAGAGUGAUUCGGCGGUUUUUAGGUUAUGCUUCUCUGGAGAAGUCCAUCCGCGAUCAUCUCUAAAAAUACAAGGCUUGGAGAAGGCCAAGUAAGAGGAAAAGAAGGUUUACUAGAAUUAACCAUGAGAACAUAACUGAAAACUUACCUUUGAAGCAGAGGAAGGAUGUUGGUGACGUUGUUAAGGGAAUAGCUUCUAAUGAAUUGGAUGGAACCUUCAACAGUGCAAAGCAAAAUGUUCCAGUGAUAGUUCUUAAUGAGAGACUGUCCAAUCCAUAUAGCCUUCUGAGAUAGAAUUGUCAAUGUCCCAUCGCCUCAUGGAAAUAUCAAAUAUGUAAAAAAUAUUUUCAUAUCCACUCUAAUAUUUUAGUUGAUAUCCAAGUUUGGUUUGGUUAUGAGUGUGUACAUACUGCGAGUCUGGAAGAAAGUAGUGGUGUGUUAGCAGUUUUUUGGAAAAUGUAUAUUGGUGUAAGUAUUUUAAGCUCAAAUAAGAAUAUAAUUGAUAUGGAGGUUCAGGUUGGGAAGCAUAAGGUUUUUGUUUCGUGUAUUUAUGGUGAUCCUACAGAAAGUAAAAGGCACUUGAUAUGGGAGAAGUUAUCUCGGAUAGGCAUGAGCAGAAGAAGUUUGUUGUGCAUGUUUGGUUAUUUCAGUACCAUAAAAAAUAAUGAUGAAAAGUAAGGAGGACCUAGUAGAGGUGAAGCAAUGUUUCAGAACUUCAAUGAUAUCCUGAAGAUUUGUAAGAUGAGUGAACUUAUGACUUUUAGGAAUCCUUUUUCAUGGGUUGAUAUGAGAGGUAAGGAUUGGAUUCAGAGCAAACUAGAUAAAAGUUUGGCGAAUAAUUUUUGGUUGAGCCUUUUUCAAGCUUAUAAUCAGGUUUUCUUGGAUAAACAGGGUUCAUAUCAAAGUAUGUUCUCAUCUCUCUGAUAAGCUCAAAUGAUUCUUAGAGAGUGAAAUUCAUGUUUGACAAAAUUUUACUUGAUCUUCCUAAUCUAAAGGAAAUUGUUGUUAGGCUUGGAAUGCCCAUAAUAGAGAAAUGGUUUGCAAUUUUCAGCAAGAAUUAGAAGAUGAAUAUCAGUCUUGAAUAAGUGAAAACGAUCUUGUAUAAUUUGAAUGCAAGAGAGAAAAUUGGUAAGAUUCAAAAUACUCUUGAGGAGGAGCAAUCUAUUAGCUUGCCCAUAAGGUAUAGACUUCCGGGUAUGAAGCAAGAGCUUAUAGAAGCUUACCAUGAGGAAGAAUCAUAUUGGAGCCAAAAUUGUAAGGGAAAAUGGUUAAAGUUGAAUGAUAGGAAUUCCAAGUUCUUCUAUGUUUCUGUCAAGUCAAAUAAAACUUCAAAUGUCUUUCAUAUGCUUCUUAAUUCAAAUGGAGUUAAGCAUAUAGCUGAUUGAUUUAUAGGUAAGAGAAUGACUACUUACUUUAAUAAUCUUUUCACUUCAUCUCCUUCAGAUUUUCGGGAGCUUUUUGAAGGCUUUGUUCCUAAUGUUUCACCCAAAAUGAAUGGAGAGCUUGUGAAAGAAGUAUUUGAUGAGGAAAUUGUCCAAGCAGUGUUCUCAUUUAGGGUCUCUUGUGCCCCUGGAACGGAUGGAAUAACUGUGCUGUUUUUCAAAGAUUCUAAUAUAAUAUUGGUCAAGCAGUAAAAGAAAUAAAUUCCUUAGAUCAUGAGCUUUUCCUAAGGAGUGGAAUCACACUCGCUGAUUCUAAAGGUGCUGCAUGCAACUAUGAAAGAGCUUACACCUAUCAGUCUUUGUUCAGUUCUUCUACAAGAUAAUAUCUCAAAAAUGAAAAGACUAAAAUACAUUUUAUUACAAAUGUAAAAACAGAUAUCUUUCAAUAUGAAUAUAAAAAGUAGUUAGGUUAUAAUAAUUAUUGUUAUUAUUAGAUAGUAAAAUAUUUAAACUAUAAAAUCAGUUUUUCACAAAAAAAAAUAAAAUAAUCAAGUUGUCGAGACAUAAGGAUAAAAUCCGAUAUUGUUUUUGCUAAAAUCGCAAAAUCGAUUUUCGCAAAAGCCGCUAAAUUAUUUUUAUAUGCUAAAACCGUUAAACUACAUAUUUUUGUUAAACCACAAAAUCAGGAUUUGCCCUCAAAAUUGAUUUUUUUUCCAAAGAAGCAAACUCAUAUUUUUCCCACCAAAACCGAAAAUCAUGUUUUCCAACAACCCCGAAAAUUGUUUGUUUUUGCCAAAAUUGCAAAAUUGGAAUUUUCUACCAAAACCAAAUAUCAGAGUUUCUCGUCAAAACCGCAAAAUUCGGUUUUCACACCAAAACCACAAAAUGUUUUUUUUUUCGAAAACUGUGAAGCAAUGUAUAAGUUCUCCAUAUUGCAGACCCUUCUUUUAUAUGAAGCAGUCUAUAAGUCCUCCAUUAAAACUGAUAUUGUAAGAGGUAGUUGUACUUGUAAUACAUUCACAGAUCUAGUUGACUAAUGUUUCUGGAACCUCAAAAUUCAGCAGUAGAUUGAGUAAGAACUUGCAGUCGAGAUUAUCAAAGGAAUUUGAAAGGUCGAUUUUAAGGCAGCCUCUAGUAGUUUGAAUCGCUUAUGGAAGUCAACUUCAAGUUAUGAUGCCAACUAUCACAGAUAAGACAUGCUUUAAUAAACCGAACAUGAUUAUAUAUAUUGAGUCGCUAUGGGAUAAAUAGUUGAAGUAUUUCUUUAGGAGUCUUGCUGUUAUUUUUAGACUGUUGAACAUCAAGAAACCGGACGGGAUUGACUUAGUACAUCAGCCCCCUUAAAUUUUGGUAUAAGAACGAUUGUUGUUGCUUUAACUCCCUUAACAUCCCGCCUGAAGUGAAGAACUCCUUAACAGCUAGCACCACAUCACUGCCUGCGAAGAAUGCGGCAUGUUCCUCUACUCACACCACAAGGGCAACUAUUUUGACUGUAUAUAUCCGACCGUCAACAAGAAACUCAAGGUCGAUACAAACGUUCUCAAGAACGCCAACCCUAAGGACCCUAAAGACAAAGCUCCUUCGCAACUCCAGGAUCUCAUCUCUGAUGAAAAUCUUUUAAAGUGAUCACAGGAGAUUGAUCGAGAUGUUAGGUUUCAACAAAACGAAGGCCAGUUUAGACUUCUGGUUAUUAUUUUCUUAUAAUAAUAAUAAUAAUAAUAAUUAUUAUUAUUAUUAUUAUUAUUAUCAUCAUCAUAUUUAUGUUUAUUUAUUUACAUUUGAGAGUUUCUUUGUUUGAUUGUAUGUGCCCGUGAGAUUUGAUUGUCUUAAAAUUUUGAGAUAAAUGUCUAAUUAAUGCAAACUUCUGCAGAAGUCAUGAAGAUGAGAUUAAGCAAAUCUAGCAAGACUGUUCUAAUUUGAAUUCGAUAGCUAGAUUUGCUUAAUCUCAUCUUCAUGACUUCUGCAGAACUCCCUCUGUUUUGGUAAUAAAUGUCACUAUAACUUUUUUUUUCUUGUUACAUAAAAAAUAUUACUUUAAAAUUUUAAUGCCAAUUAUACUUAGUUUCAGCUGAAAAUUAAUUGUAAACUUCAUUGAUUUUAUAAAUAAAUUUUUUUAUCUGAAGACUAUUGGUCAAAUAUGUGUAAUUAAUAACAAUUUAAAUACAAUUCAAUCAUUUUCUUAAUUUAUGUGAAAAAUGUCAAAGUGACACUAAUUAAGAAACAUACACUAAUUAAGAAACAUAGGGAGUAACUUAUUUUGCGCAAAAGUUUAUGGCAUCCUAGUUAAAAAUGACUAAUUUUUAGUAUGAAUUAGGAAUUUUGGUUUAAAUCAAUUUCUAACACAUAUGUUUAUUGAAGUUCUAAAAAUAUUUUAUUUUACAGGUAAGAAAAUUGUGACAUGUAUCUAUCUUUUACAAUAAAGUUGGACUUUAUCUAAUCUUAGAGAGCCAACUCAGCAAAGGUUAUGCCAAAUUUUGACAAAUGUCAUAAUUUUGAAAAAUUAAGAAGUUGUCUCAUAUUUUAAUUUUAAUUUUUUAUUGAUAUCAAAUCUAUUGACAAAACAUUUAAUACCUCAUAAAAUUCAACAAAAAAUUUGACAUCAGUCAUUCUAUCCACAUAUAUAAAUUUAGCAACAAUAUAUAGUAAAAAGUAUUCAUAAACAGAAAAAAGAGAACCACUUACGAUAUCAUAUAUGUUUCAUCAAAUCAACCUAAACAGUGAACUUUACGAAAUACUUUAUCUUUUCUAGUACCAAAGUUUAAUCUAAGAAAAAAAAAAAGAAACAAUGGAAAACCAUAAUCAAUGAUUAAUACAUAUUACAUAUUAUUUUAGAUAAAAAUUUCACUUUGAAAACUAAAAACAAAAAAAAAUACAACAAAUACAACAAGAAAAUUUUUGCUACAACUACAUAUAGUAAGAAUUAUUAUUUAAAAAAAAAAAGAGAGAACCAUUUACAAUACUGUACUUGUUUCAUUAAAUUCAGCUAAAUAGUGAACUUUAUGAAAUACUUUCUCUUCUUUUCUGGUUCCAAUUUUAAUCUAAGAAAAAAAAAAUAUGGACAACUAAAUCAAUGAUUAAUACAUAAUCAAAGAUAUCCUUUUAGAAAAACAAAAAUUCACUUUGAAAACCAAAAACUAACCAAAUAUAACAAAUACUACAAUAAAGUUUAGUUUAAAUAAAUAAUAUAACUUGAAUUUAGUGAAACUUUUAAACAACAACUAACGAUUUAAUGAAAAAUACAAUCCAAAAUACAUAAAUUCAAAAAAAAUAGAAAAUUAAAAAAGGGAAAUCAACUUACGAUAUAUUUUUCCACUUUUAAUCAAACAUAGAAUUAUAAAAAUAAAAAAGGAAUGAAUUCAAAUAAAUUAUUUUUACUUCUUUGUCACCAACCUCAAGUUUGGAUAAAUUAACAAAAAUGAUGAAAAACAUAACCAAAAAGCAAUAUAUAAUCAAAGACACUAUAAACAAAUAAAAAAAAAGUUUGAAAUAAAUAAAAAAUAACAAGAUAUAACAGAAGGACAAUACAUCUUUAGUAAGAAUAUAUAAUAAUAACACUUAAGCUUGGUACUAAUAAUUUAUUUUCUACAUAAGUUUACAUUAACAAUGAAUAAGAGAAUGAUAUCUCACGUUUCCUCAAAAUCAUACAAACGAAAAAAUAAAUAUAAAAGAAAUCUAACAAGAAUUAUAAUUUUUCUGGUCACAAAACUCAAACUUGAAAAAUUAACAAAACAUAGAAAACCAUAACUAAAGAUUAAUACAUAAUGUAUUUUUAAAUUGAGAGGCAAAAGUACACAUAUAACAAACAUAAAUUAUAAUUUAAUGAAAAUACAUAAUAUAAAUUGAAUUAUGUGAAAACUUUAGUAAAAAUAAUAAUUUAGUGAAAAUAAAUCAUAUAAUCUAAUAAUAUGAAAUUUCACAAAUGAGUAUAAUUUUCAUAAGAACAAAAGGUAAACAAGUCUGUUUACGUUAUUGUCAUUAAGGUUUCACAAAUACAUGCCAAAAAUAUAAGAAAGAGUGAAUCUUAGAUACUUUUUUGUCACCAAACUCAAACUUAAAAUAAUGGAAAUAAUUUCUGGAAAACCACAACCAAUUAUUAAUUACUAAGUAAAAAAUAUUUUAUAUAAAUAAUUCAGAAAAUAAAAAUAACACUAGAAAAUUAAGUAAAACAUAUAAAAUAACUCAAAAUACAUAAUAUAUAAAACAUGAAUUUCAAAAAUAAAUAUAGGAUAUUCAUAAGAACAAAAAAUUUGGAAAAUACAUUAAUGAUACUGGUUUUCACUUUUUAUCAAACCAAAGUAAACUAAAUAAAAAUGAGUACAUGGUUUUCUUUUUCUUUUUCUAUUUGACUACUAAACUCAAACCAAAGUAAUUUAACAAGAAAUUUAUGAAAACCUAUAGCUGAAAAAUAAUACAUAGUCAAAAUGAAGACUUUAAGAACAAUUAUUGAAAAAAAAAAGAUAUAGCAAAUAAAA